AUGGAGAAGACAAAAGUGGUGAUAGUCGGAGGUACGGGCUACUUGGGUCAGCAUCUGCUUCAAGCUUUCGCCGGUAAAAAUGGCGGAGACCAAUACGUCGCUUUUACUCACCACUCUUCUCCCCUUCCUCACCUCUUGCUCGACGCAUUUCCUCAUUUCCCUGCGUUUCCCGUCGAUCUCAAAUCCGGUCUAGGGUUCGCUUCAAUUUCCCAGGACUUUGGUCAGCCUGAUGUGGUCGUGAAUUGUGCUGCUUUGUCUGUUCCUCGAGUUUGCGAGCAAGAUCCAGAUUCCGCCAUGUCCAUCAACGUGCCUUGUUCUCUUGUAAACUGGUUAUCAUCUUUUGAGAGAAACAAAACCUUGUUGAUUCAUCUCUCUACUGACCAAGUUUAUCAAGGUCUCAAGUCUUUCUACAAGGAAGAAGACGAGACUGUUGCGGUUAACGUUUACGGGAAAUCAAAAGUUGCAGCAGAGCUUCUCAUCAAAGAGAAAUAUCAAAACUUUGCGAUAUUGAGAAGUAGUAUCAUCAUUGGUCCUCAAACUGUAUCACCACUCCCAAAGAAUCUCCCAAUUCAGUGGAUGGAUAGCGUUUUACAGAAGGGAGACGCAGUAGAGUUCUUCCACGACGAGUAUCGUUGCCCCAUUUACAUUAAGGAUCUCGUGAGUAUCACCUUGAAAUUGAUAGACAGAUGGGUCGUCUCAGAGGAUAAACAAAUGAGGUUAGUUUUGAAUGCUGGUGGACCAGACCGGCUAUCUCGUGUUCAAAUGGCUCAAGUGGUUGCAGAAGUCAGAGGACACGAUCCGUCCUUGAUUAAACAUGUGUCUACAUCAUCGGUUGAUCGAGGCGUGGUGUCACCAGCGGAUAUUUCUAUGGACAUAACUAAACUGAUUCAGACACUGAAGAUCUCUCCAACUUCCUUCAAAGACGGUGUCAGAUUAACCCUUGAAUCUGAAUCUCAUUCUCAUAUUCUCUAA